AUGGUCAGGUCGCUAGUGUUAUUGCUGGUCUUAGUGGCCCUCGUCGUGGCCCAGGACAGUCGAUCUGGGUUUGGGACGGGGACGCUGUCAACAACGCAAACAACUGCAGUGUCUACAACAGAUUCGACAAGAACAACACUAUCAACUCAGACUUCAACAAAAACAACAACAUCAUCAUCAUCAACCGGAACUGGGACUCAUACGGUUAAAGUUGGUCCCAGGGCAAGCCCGCAUCAAUAUGAUCCUCCCAUUGUCAACGCCAGUGUCGGGGAUUUAAUCGUCUUCGAGUUCUAUCCAAGAAACCAUUCGGUUGUGCAGGCGAAUUACCUGGAGCCGUGUAUACCAGCGGCGAGGGACAUUUUCUACUCUGGGCCUUUCAAUGAUUUUAACGAGGUUGACGGGUUUCUGGAAGGACCGGCACCAACAUGGACAUUAAGGGUCAAUAAUACGGAGCCGACGUUCUUUUAUUGUACCGCGAUAGACUCAUGCAACGUAAAUGGGAUGGUAGGGGCCAUCAAUCCGAACAAAAGCAUGACCUGGGAAGAACAGAACAAAAAGGCAUUGAAAUCCGCCAUUCAGCUCGCCCCCGGCGAAUCAGUCCCAGCAGAAGGCGAUGACGACUCGUCAUCCGACUCUUCCAGCUCCUCAUCAAAACUCAGCGGUGGCGCCAUCGCCGGAAUCGUGGUCGGCGCAGUGGCCUUCAUUGCGGUCCUCGUGGCCCUCUUCUUCGUCCUCGGCCGCAACCGCGUCUACAAGAAAUGGAUGACCUCACAAGAUGGCCGAUCUGAACGCACCGCCCGCUGGGCCUUGUUUAACAGCGCAUCUGGAACGGCACCUUCGGACGCACGCAAGAGCGAACAUGAACCCGCGUUCCAGCCGAUGACGGCCGACCACCAACCGGGAAUGUUUGUUACAAGUCCGGAAAUGACUCAUGCUGCUACGGCGUCGCCUCCGUAUCCAUAUUCUAGACAUGGAUCGCCGCCUCCGCAGCAGAGUAUGCCCGUCGCUGGGCAUUGGAGUUGGGAUAUGACGGCACAUCAGCAACAACAGCAGUACCCGCCGCCUCCGCCGCCACCGCCGGUUGAGUUGGAUUCUGAUAGUCGAAAAUGA